UUUGUCCUACGGUUUUAUCACGGUCCAUGUCAAUACUAAGGUCUUAGUCCUUAGGUCCGCUAUUAUCAUUCAACAUCAAUUUGAAAACUACCAUUUGACUGACCGUCUGCAUUCAGCAUUCAUCAGUUAAUCAGUUCAUUUCCAUUUUACUAUUUUUACUUGCCGGACGCAGCGCCCAUUGCACAUUGACUCUCAUUCUCCGGAUUUUACUCAUUUUUCACUUUCCAUUUGUUAAUCUAUUUCCUCUAGAUCGUUUUUMUCAACGGCCAACAUGUCACGUAAAUUCUUUGUUGGAGGCAACUGGAAGAUGAAYGGUUCGAAGAAAGUCGCUGAUGAACUACUUGGAAAUUUAGUAAAGGGACCUUUGGACCCUAAUGUUGAGGUUUUGAUUGGAGUUCCAGCCAUAUACUUGGAUUUUGUUAAAGAAAAAGCACCAUCCAACAUUUAUGUUGCAGCACAGAACUGUUUUAAAACAGAAAAAGGCGCGUUUACUGGAGAGAUAAGCCCUAGUAUGUUAAAAGAUAUUGGUAUUGAUUGGGUUAUUUUAGGUCACUCUGAACGCCGGCAGAUAUUCCAAGAAUCUGAUACUCUCAUUGCUGAAAAGGUAAAUCAUGCUUUAGAGUCUGGAUUGUCUGUUGUCGCAUGUAUUGGUGAAACUCUUGAAGAACGUGAAGCUGGACAAACUGAAGCUGUUGUAGCUAAGCAAAUCAAAGCUAUUAAGGAUAAAAUAUGCAAUUGGCAAAAUGUAGUUAUUGCUUACGAACCAGUUUGGGCCAUUGGUACUGGGAAGACUGCUAGCCCUCAACAAGCUCAAGACGUCCAUAAAAUUUUAAGAAAAUGGCUAGCUGAUGAAGUAAAUGAGACUGUUGCUAAUACUACACGUAUAAUUUAUGGUGGAUCUGUGACAUCAUCUAAUUGCCGAGAAUUAGCUAAAGAAUGUGACAUUGAUGGGUUUUUGGUUGGAGGUGCAUCCUUAAAACCAGAAUUUGUUGAUAUUGUCAACGCUAAUCAGUAAUUCAUUGAAAUAUGUGAAUAUCUAUAUUAUUGUUGGUUUCUUAUCAAAUAAAUUUCUAGAUAAAUACCA